CUUCACCACACAGAAGACUAGCGUACAUCCACAUAUACGUCUGUAUGCAAUAGGUCUUUCUAUACAUAAUAGUAAAACGGAACUUGACCUGGCUUACCGUCAACAUCGUUCCUGGGACCUUGCCGGAGGCUGCAGCGCACUUUGCUGAGAAGCAGCGAGGAGCAAGAGCAGAGGAGCUCUACCGCAAAUUUUGGAGCUUUAUGCCGCUGGACGCAGGCGCUUGAGUUGCCUUACUGGUUGACGGGGCUUCAAUGAGCCCUUGCGUAAACCGAAAAGCGGGCGCUGGCAGGGCCGUCUUCACGGUCCCACCGGCGCCUCCAUUACCUGCGCAAUGUUCAUUUCAACAGCCAGUUACCACUGGAGCUAGCGAUCCUAAUAGUGUUGCAAGCCAACAGGCGCCGGCGCCAGCUGCACUAGCAGUGCCCGCGGUACACCCGUCAGGCAACGUAGGUGGCCCGCAUGGGCCUAACCUAGGAGUACAUCCGCACCGGCAAGCAGCUUCUGCGGACUCAACACACGGAGAUGGAGGGCAUGCAGGGGGGAGUAGCAGCUCGACGCCACGUGGUGGGAGCAAUUCCCGUGCUGGGCACACAGGAAGCACGUCUCAUGCCGCGUAUGCGCAACAGACGACUACACAGCAUGCAUCUGCCGGUUCUGCUGGGCACCGGAUAGCAUCAUGUCCUCAGCACUUGGAGAUAGUUUCGGUCGUGCCGCAUGCACCCAAGUGCCUGGACCCGGGGCUCCAUAGCUUCUGGUCCAGUCUCAGUUUACAGCAGCGGCGGCAACUGCUGCGGUUACCCAAAAAGGAGUUGUUUGCACGAGUGAGAUCGCUCUAUUGCUCCGGGUGCUUCUCUCUCGUCCAGCUGCAGUACGACGAACUCUGCGCCUACGUCGCAAGCCAGCUAGCAGCUGCACGCAACGGAGCCAGCGGGCCGCCGCAGUGCGCUAUCUGUGCAGCCGGGCACGCCUGCUUUGCCGGGCUUUCCGUACUAGAGGACGGCGCCGUCACGCUGACGGACGAGCUGCUAGGCGCGCACCCCUUCGGGCUCUUUGAGCAGGCGCGCAUGUGGGAACUGGACCGGGAGCAGCAUUUUGUUUCCGGCGAGGUGUGCGGCAGCGGCUGGUGCAAGCGGCCGGGUGUCAACAAGUGCAAGUUGCAUACGGGGCCGGUGGCGCCGGAUGAUCUGCUGGCGUACUGGAGCACCUUGCCCGGGCCGCGGCGCGAGGCGCUCAUGACGUUGGAUGAGGACACCUUCUUGGGGGAGCUGGACGUUAGCAUGAAGCUGCAGCUGCGGAUUUGCAAGGAGUGCCGCAGCAACGUCACGCGCGCAUUCAAAGAGCUCAAGCCAGGGCGGGACGCAUCAGGGCAGCCCUCGGCGGUUUCGGGGCUGGUGCUCUGUGAGGGGCACGAGCUGCGGGCUGGCGAGGGGCGUGUACGGGUUGAGGGACCAGGCGAGGCGUGUCUGUUCGAGAAGGCGGAGGAGGUUCAGGAGCAGAAGGCUUUCGAUGCUGCUGCUGGCGACCAGGACAGCCCCGAAACCAUUCGCCACGCGGAAACACCGGAGUUGGCGCGGGAGGCGCUCCAAGACUCGGCGCUCCUCAUCUUCAAGGCGCAGGUUGAGGUAGCCUUCCGUGACCAGACUGCGUGCCGCAACGCGCUUCUGCUGUUCACGGUGCUUUGCCACUUUCUGCUGGAGCAGCAGCUGCUAAACGCAUACAAGGAGCUGGGGGCCAAGCGGGCGGAGGCGGAGCUGCUGCGGCUGCUGGAGGAGGACGAGGCCAAGGAGGCCGCCAAGCGCGAGAAGAAGGCCAGCAAAGCAGCCAAGGCGAAGAAGCAGCAGCAGGCGCCCACAGCCGCAUCCUCCGAGGCGGCGCCCGAGCAGCCGCCCACCUCCGCAUCGGAGUCCGAGGAGCCGGAGCCGGAGGCCAAGUCGCAGGGCCCGGUAGCGGCUACCGGGGCGGCCAAGGAGACGACGACGCCAGCGCCGGCAAGCGCCAACAGCAAUGCGCGAGCUCCGGCGCCGCAGGACAAGGGCCAGGGCCGGGAGAUUGCCUCCUCGGCUGUAGCGUCUACCGCGUCGAGCAGCAGUGCCGGCAGUAGCAGCAAGCAGGCGUCUUCAGGCAAGCAGCAGCAACAGCAGCAGCCUGCGGGGAGGCAGUCACGGGCGGCAAGCCUGGAUGACAGCUUGUCGGAAGCGCUGGUGUCUGGUAGCAGCGCGGCGGCGGGGCGGAGCAGCGGUAAGGCGCAGCAACCCCAUGCACAGCAGAAUGGCGGUCCCGCGCCUGCCGCCGCUAAGCCGGGUUC